UCUGUGUUGUGGAACAGCUGACUCUGCGGUGGGUGGUGCGAGGGACUGCUAUCUAUUUUCAAUCGUUACCAACGUGAUAGUGGAAAGAAUCGCUAAAACGCUUUUUGAAUUUUAGUACUGUUUAGGCACUGAUAAUCAUUUACACUACAACAUGGCUGAAACGGAUCCCAAGUCGGUGCAGGACCUUACCAAUGUGGUCCAGACACUGCUGCAACAGAUGCAAGACAAGUUCCAGACUAUGUCAGACCAGAUCAUCGGGAGGAUUGAUGAGAUGAGCACGCGCAUUGAUGACUUGGAGAAGAACAUUGCCGACCUGAUGACCCAGGCUGGUGUUGAAGAGAUUGAAGCAGCACCAGAGAAGGCUAAAGAGGGUCAAGGCUCAUAAUGAAGGUUCUGAAGUAAUACGGUGUGAAGUCGGUCCUAAAUUCAGGAGCAGCAGACUUUUCCAUUCUGAAAAUGACUUAUAUUGAUUUGGUUUGUCGUUGUGUGAAAUGCUUUUUUAUAUAUUGAAUAUUGUGAUAAACGGUUACAGUUAUGUAAUGACUUGAAAAGUUGAACGUUAUUUGUAAGCUAGAGUAGUGUGAUAUGCCCUUCAGAACUGUAAGUGCUCGAGUGCAAAAAUGCAACUUAUGGAUUUCUGUGCGCCGACCCGGAGGUUAUCCCGCUGCCAUCAUAUAUCAUAAUUAAUUAAACCCCAUGAGGUGAUGGCUGACAGGGACAGUUUGGCCCAAGCCUGUGCUGAGGAGUACAACCCACAGGCUGACAGGCCAGUCAAACCUCUAAUCUCUACCAACGUGGGAAACGGGCACAGUGAAAAUCCGAAGCCUGUAGUGUUUUACAAACAGCACUGUUACUACCAAGGUGUGGGAUGCAUUCCAAUUUCAACUGAUUUUCUUCUAUUAAAGCUAUUUAAUACAAUGCUGUCUGUCAUGAAUUGCAUAAUAAAUAUUUGGCCAGGUGCUGAGUGAAUUUUUAAAAACUA